AUGUCCGCAGUCGUGGUCUCGAGUUGGCUCUACGAGAAGAGGCCGCUGAAGAGGGCGAAGUUGGGUCCGCCCGAUGUCUACCCACAGGACCCCAAACAGAAAGAGGACGAGUUGACAGCCGUGAACGUGAAGCAGGGCUUCAGCAACAGUUCCCUCAUAUCGGAAGAGUACGGAUCCGCGCGUAACGCCAAUCUCACGGCCAAUAAGUUUGGCUCAUAUUUCAGUGCUUUGUUGUCGAAGAAACUCGAGUUAAACACACUUCCGGAGACCACUCGCAAGAAGCAUCAGAUCAACACCAAAGACAACAUAUGGUUAGUGACCUCGAAGUCGAAGAACGCGGUCGACGCCUGGUUUAAGGACUUGGCCUCCAAUGCCAAGACGCUGUCGCAGUUGUCGCGAAAGGUUCCCAUAUUUAACAAGAAGGAGGAGAUCUUCGUCAGUCUCUAUGAGUUCAAGAUUCCGAUGUUUAAGGCCGAGUGGUUCGUGAAGAUGUCGGCCGCCCAUCACUUGGCCAUCAGUGAGUCCAACAACAAGAAGUCCAAACGCCAACUGCCGGACACGUCGGUCGAGUGGACGCAAGCGCUGUGCAAGUUCUUGAGGGAACAGUACCAGAAGAUGUGCGAAUACUAUCACGGGGUCACCGCCACCCCCACCAACCCCUUGACGGCCUCCGUCACGACCACCGGACCCCGUAUUCCCAAGCAGUGGCGGUACUACACACAACUGGCACGACAUCUCUUCGACGACGGACUGCUCGACAAAUACGACUUCUUGUUGUGGUUGUUGGAGCUCUUGGAGAAGAUUAAGUCGCCGGACGACUCGGUCAUCGGUAUUGUCGUGCCAUUAGUCCUGCAAUAUGUCGAUGAGUUCACGCAAUCCGAACAGUUGUCCCGUAAGCUCGCCUACCAGUGCGCCAAAAAACUGAGUCAACUCACCGCCGACUUCAGUGUUGACCAACCACUGGAACCGAGCGCCGACACCAAUAGUGAGGACUCCAAGAAUACGAGUAUUACUUCCAACACUUCGGUGAAUGGUCUCAACUCUACCGCAAACACCGCCAACACUUCGGUGACAAAUGCGGGAACUGGUGCUCAGAAUUCGAGUGCAAGUUCUCAACUGAUCGCAUGCUUUAAUGAGUUGACAGAGUGUUCACACCAUCGAAAUGUCAUAUUAGGUCUGUCUGUCAUGAUUCAGAUCAUUACACUCGACUGUCCAUCGGCUCUAAUAUGGCUGAAUGUGGGCGACAGUAAAGCGGCGACAACUCUUCAGGGCUCUCCCCUAGACUUCCUUCCCUGCGAGCCGUCGAACCUACCGAUGCCCUCGCGAUCUCACAAUCAAUAUCUUCGCAACGAAUUGCGUAAAGCGGAGGAAGAGAUCCGUCAGAGGAGUAAAAUGUCUGAAAUGCAUUGGUCUUGCGAUCGAUGGGAACAGACUCCCGGAACCACUGUUAAUAAGUUGCUGAACGUAUUGGACGCUCUCGACAGACAGUGUUUCGAUAAACUCGAUUCAAACAAUUCAAUCGAUACGCUCUACACCAAGAUAUUCACACCAUUUAACACAAAUGCCACCAAUAAUAUCGCGAACCAAACCAAUGGUAACGCAAACAAUGGAUCCAAUGGUGAGAAUGUCGGUCGAAAUGCGAGUCAAGUGAUGACCGAAGACGAGCCUAUUGUGCGUUUGCUGUGUGAGUGGGCCGUCAGUAUCAAGAGGACGGGCGAACACAGAGCUCUUGUGGUGGCGAAGCUGUUGGAGAAGAGACAGACAGAGCUCACGGCUGACAAAGACAUUGAUUUAAACGAGGAAAUGGACUCUGAAGUGACCCCUAAUGCAAACACUUCGGUCACCAGUAAUAACAAUACAAAUACAGCAAACAAUUCGCCGACGAAUGCUAAUAAUGCCAACAGAUCUUCGGAAUCACUGCUAUCGACACCAAUAUUUCAGAAUUUGUUACUCAAUUUUCUUGACAUACAGGCGCCGGUAUAUGAAGAUAAGAUAGGUCUCAACAGCAGUGACAAUAAGCAGGCAUUUUCUAAUUUAAUAUUACUGUUUGGAGAACUCAUACGUCGAGAUGUUUUCUCCCACGACCUCUACAUGUGUACUCUUAUAUCGCGCGGACAGUUCUCCAACUCUCCCAACACAUCACUGCUGUCUCACAGCACCAGUACUUCCAAAGCCAACCCAAUGGAAGAGCCCUCGUCUUUGGCUGGAUUUGUGCCUAAUUUGUCGACUAAUAACGACAAUCACAACCAUUUAGGAGGACUCGUGCCAAAUGGUAUUCAGAAAAGCACUUCCAGUUCUUCACUGCCGAUGUUUGAUCCGCUGUCCAAUAACGUGAACGCCGGACAAACUGACCAAAACCGCUGGGAAUUGCCUUCGAUGGACAUCGACGAGAACCUGGAUGAGAAUCUGGACGAGGAUUUAGACAAACUGUUGCAACACAUUAAGGCGGGGCAGCAGAACAUGUCUGACCAGGCAGACAUAUUACUCCCCGAUUCUGUCGGAUCGGACAAAGAGGACGAACCGAAUCCCGGCUUAAGCUCUCAUUCGACGACAUUUCCAAUGCCUGAAAUACCGGUGAAGAACGCCACGGCCCGACACCUGUUAUAUACAAUGCAUUUCCCGCUCCCACAGGACGAGACAUUCGCUCACGACUGCAAUCAGAGACACAUUUUGCUGUACGGCGUCGGCAAAGCUAAAGAUGAGGCCAAACAUGCGGUCAAAAAGAUUACGAAAGAGAUCACAAAACUCUUCAACAGAAAGUCAUCGAUGGAUAUCAGCGACGGCGGGAAAGUCAAGAAACACGCCAUCAAAGAGGGCUUUAACUUCGAGUCAGCGAUCGCUAAGUUUCAGGCGCUGUCCACCUUUGACCAGCACGUGGUCACCACCUCCUGUGCCACCGCAGCCGUCGAGAUGUUGAACGGUGUGGCCAUUGGUAGCGCCAACUAUUUGCCACUAAUAGAAUCGAUUGCUUUUCUGUUUGAUUUGAUGGAAAUGGCUCUCAAUGUUCACGGAUUGAUUGAAUUCGUCAUUCAAAUGCUUAAAGAGUUGGUCGAAGUGGACAUCCAAUUGCACCAGAAGUGUCCCAUUUUAGAGCGCACUUAUUGCACAUCCAUUGGUCUCUAUAUCGUCGGCGUUCUCUACAGAUAUCAGACGUGUCUUCUCGUGUCUCACGAGGAGACGGUCGCCGUGUUUGAGGGACUCUGGAAACUGGUCCGACACGUGAACACUCCGAGCGACUGUUCAUCAGCCGAACGGUGUAUUCUAUUCUACUUAUGGGAUCUCCACUCUUCGUACAACUAUUUGCGGACCAAAUAUCACGAGUCCGUUGGCUUUACGACAAUGUUAUCGAAGAUUAAGCAAUUGAGUAGUUCUCAGAUGAGUAUGCAUUCGGAAAGCACGACAAACAUGCGGUUAAACGCCUCAGUUAUGGCCGAUUACCUCAAGAAUCCCAAACUUAAAGUCGAUGCCAUUCACAUCCGUAACCUUAACGACAAUAUCUCUGACCGAUACUCCUUUGUCUGUAAUGCCAUUCAGUGUAUUUCGAUGGCCAGUGAUAUCGACAAAUUGAAUGAGAUGUCUGUGCUCUGCGCCGAACUGACCGCUUCCUGUUCUCACUUAAGCAGCGAAUGGUUGAGUGUUUUGAAAGCUCUCUGUUGUUCAUCGAAUCCCAAGAGUUAUUACGAUUUGUUAACUCAAGUCGAUGUCUCUGACCUCUCAAUUCACGACAAUUUAGCUGUUUUUACGUCAAUACUGAUCGCCAGGCGAUGCUUUUCACUCAAAGACUUCAUACUCCAAGUGGCUGUCCCUUCACUUCUGGCGCCGUCUACUACUGACGCUCCCGAAGACGCCGAACCCGGCGCUCGACUUACGUGUCAUUUAUUACUCUGUCUUUUUAAGACAUCGGAAACUCCAUUGUCUUCGAACACAAUGACAUCGUUUGCCACAUCCUCUCGAUAUUCACUGACAAGUCCGGGCCCUCUAGUGUUGGCACAGACACCACCAAAUCCGACUCAAAAGCCUCACUAUAAUAUCAAAUACCCGUGCGAUCGGUAUCUGUUGGCCGCGGCUCACAGUACUCUCCGGAUUGAAAUUGUUUUGACUGUUUUGAAGGCUAUUCUUGUUUUAGGAAAUUCUGCUGAAAAACGAAACGCAGAAUCAAAAUCAAAAACCGAUGGUAAGGGAGAGAUCAGUAUAAGUGAUAUCUUAGGCCCAAUCGGUGGCGACGAAGAGUUCGGUGAUUUAGGACUACUGCCUCUGUCUGGAAAGCCGGGUGUCAUGGAAAAGGCAGGUCUGAGUGAAGCGGCGAAGUAUGCGUUGAGACAAAUUUGUGGCCAACAGUGGGUUCAUGACAGAUGUCUCAGAGGUUUUAUGAUAGAUCCGGAGAUAUUGAAUAAAUUGCUUUUGGAUCCCAAACUGUCGCACAAAGAGGCUCAGCAUCUGUUGAAUAUGAUAUGUCACCCAAAGCUCAUUGCUAUGCAUUCCCUACAAGAGAUGGAUUCCGAUCAAAAGAUAUCGAUCGCAAAGAUCUUACAAAAUCUCGACGAAUGGUCCAUAAGGGUGUCGUGGCUUCAGUUGCAGCUUAUGUACGCCCAGUCGGCCUCCGAAGUGAACACGUGGUUGGAAAACGUGGCCAAAGCGACGGUCGACUACUUCCAGAAUGCCAGCGAAGAGAUGUCUAAAAGUCCAUCAAAUAGUUUACAAUUAUCUCUGUUUAGCCCCAGAAGUAGUUCGCGACAAACCUUUUAUAAACAGUCGAGUCGUAUGAACGACAGCCACAACCAGAAGGACAGGGUAUGGCUGAUCGCACCACUCAUUUCCAAACUUCCAUCUGCUGUCGAGGGAAAGAUACUUAAAGUGGCGGCAAAUGUCUUGGAAUCGGGGAACUGGAUGUCAAACACUUCGAACCAAUCGUCUCAGAGCUCGUCGUAUUCUUCGUCCAAAAACAAAGACAGAAGUUUUCAACAGCAGAAGAAUAGCUCCAAUACUAACCCAACGAAUUCAGUCACUUCUCUGCUAAGCCAUCAGCCCUUCCUGUCUCUCGUAUUAAUGUGUCUGAAAGCACAGGACGAUCAAAGGGAAAGCCUUCUUAACUCACUAUACAAUCAAAUAUCUCAAGCAAUAAAUGAGAAACUUUGCGACGACUUAAAGGCCAAACACGCCAUUCAAGAGGGUUUACAGUUGAGGCUGAAUCUGAUGGGAGGGAUGUUUGAUAUGAUUCAGCGGUCGUCGUCUUUGAUCAACGACUGGGCCGUCCUAUUGAUACAACUGAUCAGCUUUACGAUAGUUGACCCGCAAAUCAAUUACGAAAUCUUCACAACAGUGUUGGAUAUGUUGACUGUUCUCAUGCACACCACUCUUGUGUCGGAUUCAUCGGAAGCGCGCGAAGAAACCAAAAAACAUUACCAAAACUUAAUCAAAAAGCUUAAGAAAGAGCUAAACAUCGAUAGAAUAACUCCGGGCAUCAAAAUAGUCCGACUGUUGCUUCCGAUUGUGAAACAAAACUGUGAAGUGAUUACAUGCGAACCCAUGGGCUCUCUCAUCGAUACCAAAGGCAACAAAAUCGCCGGAUUUGAUUCAAUCGAUAAGAAACAGGGCUUACAGGUGGCAGAGAAGCAGAAGGUGUCGCCAUGGGAUCUGUUGGAGGGCCAUAAGAACCCAUCGCCCCUGAGCUGGACCUGGUUUGGCGCCGUUCGCAUCGAACGCAAGCCAUUGAGAGGCGAUGAGAAUCAUUACCUACUUUCUCGACAUAACCACUCCAUCCGAAAGCCAACCUCUUAUUAUUUAGAGCCCCCACCCCUUCCGCCCGAAGAUGUUAUUGAGCCGACGCCCGCACCCCCUUUGCCGCCCAUACCUAACGAUCGCAUACCUCUCACUCACCAAAUGCCACAUCAAAUGCCGCCACAAAUGAUGCCGAAUACCGUUCCCAACCAUAUGAUGCCAAACAUGAAUAUAGACGAUCCCAUCAGAAGGGAUCUGAUGAUGGAUCACGUGGUGAGUCCUCGAGUGCCCACUCCUAAGAAAGUGAAAGCCCCGCGACGGAGGAGGACUCCUAAGAAUGGGGGCGGAAGUACUGGUCAACAGACGCCUCCCAUUAGGAUGUCUGGUAAUUAUAACGACCCAUACGGCGCACCACCACCACCACAGCCACCACUCCCGCAGCCUAUGCAGCAAAACUGGUACGGAUCUAAUCCACAACAACACCCUCAGCCCACGCCUCCGCCACAGAUGCCUUCGCAGCAACAGUUUUAUCCUCCGCCGCAGCAACAGAUGGUUGGCCCGCGAUUUACUGACUCCCGACCCGUCGGCCACUCGAAGGGCGCCCUUAAGGCGAUGCUCAGCACAAGACACCCGACGGCCCCGCAGUUUAAUAUGCAGUCGAAUAACGCGCCAAAUAUGACAAUGAAUCAGCAGAUGAUGAACACAUCUGUUCCCCAACAGCCGGUCUAUCAGGGAAGACAACCUGUUAUGUCAAUGAGGGCUCAGAUGAGAGCACCGACACAACAGAUGCAAGUGAGCGCCCAACAGAACCCGAUGUACCAAAUGCAGAGCCAACCGGUGCCCAAUCAGCCCCAACAGAUGCACCACAUGUCCGUUCAGUCGCAGAACAAUUAUGGCGGACCGCCGCCUAACAUGUCGUUCCAGAACCAGAUG